AUGCACUUCCAGAAGACCUCUACUGAUCGGAACAUCUCUGAAGGCUCGGUUUCGAGGACCACAGACCUUCUUCAAGGUGUCGGUGCCCAGUUCUCAUCCAAAGAGAGCAAGGCCGAGAAGAAGCUGUUGGACGCACUGAAAAAGACCAACGCAGCUAGCAAGACUUCAUCCACUGCCUACAGCAUACCCAAUAAACGCAAAUGA